CUGACAUAAGGUCAGCCAUUUUUAUUGUUGUUUUUCUGAUUGGCAAAAAUAUUCUGUUACGAGUGCAAUUGUUGUAAAAAAAUUAAAAAAAAAACAACGAAAUUGUUGAGUUAUCAAUAAUUUAAGUGAAUUCCUGAUAAAUUGGAGGUUUUAUAAGGUAAUACAAAAUGGAUAAUGUAUAUGGACCAAAUCCAUCAUCCCAUACUGGGGGUGUAAAACCAAUGAGUAUCGCUGGUCGUAUGGUAUCAGAACGUGAACGUCUACUUGGUAUGAGUGAUGCUGAACGAGCCUGGCGUGCACAAUGGCUAAAAGAUCAACAUUUGGCACCAGAUGAACCACUACAUAAUCCAGAAUAUUAUAAACAAAGAUACAAUGGAUUAAGAAGAUUUUAUCGUGCACCACUUGAUAAAUUUGAAAAUGCAUUGAUACCAAAAGUUGGUACUGAAUUAGCUUAUUUUUUUCGUAAUGUCAUUAGUAAAACAGCACUGGCAUCAAUUGGUGUUAUGUAUGUUAUUUACUAUUUUAAAUACAAAGGUAGUGAUUGGACAACAAAGUCUGGAUUGAAAAUGAACAGAUCAAGACCAGUUGUUUAUCCUGGACAACCUGGUUUUCCAAAUUUUGAAACUAAAGAAGAUGAUGAUUAUGCAUCUUAUGGCUUCAAAAGUUCACCAAUAUAAAUUAC